UUGACAUUAGAUUAUUAUUCUCUUUCGACACCAGGUCCUAACAGUAUAAAACAGGCUAGAAAGACAUCCCUUCGUUACUAGGACCUAGCAGUCCACUGACACUCAGUUAGCGAAGGCUUUCAGCUCUGAUAAAAACACUACUGGAAAGAAGGGGAUAAGCUGAAGCUCAAUCUCUUCUUUUGAAAAAGCUAUGCCGAGCUGUAAAACCUCAUGUACUCCAGCACACGCUAUGCUGUUAGGCCUAGCAGCUGUUGCAGUUUUGAUCGUACUUUCAGCUGGCCUGAUUGAACUGGGAGCAGCCUCACCAGAGGUUUUCACCAAUUCUUUUUUAGUCAGACUGAUCGGUGACCAUGGGAACGAUGUAGCACAUCAAGUAGCCAAGCGUAACGGUUUCAUCAAUCUGGGUCCGGUUUUAGGUUCCGAUAAAGAAUUUCACUUUAUUCAUCGAGCUUUACCACAUAUUAGGACAAAGCGUAGUAUUCCUCACACCAGACAGCUGAAGGCCGAUCCUCUGGUAGAGCUUGCUGUUCAGCAGAUUGGCUUCAGGAGAGAGAAGCGAGGCUAUCGUGAGUUGAAGCUCGGUGCUGAGAACCUAGUUCCGCCCAAAGAGCCUAACGAUCCUUACUUUCCAUUCCAAUGGUACUUGAAAAACGUUGGCCAGAACGGUGGUAAACGCCGCUUGGAUUUGAACGUUGAAGCAGCCUGGGCUCAAGGGUAUACCGGUAAGAAUGUCACAACAGCCAUCAUGGACGAUGGCGUUGAUUAUAUGCACCCCGACCUGAGAAACAAUUACAACUCAAAAGCCAGCUACGAUUUCAGUAGUAACGACCCUUUCCCCUAUCCACGUUACACAGACGACUGGUUUAACAGCCACGGAACACGAUGUGCAGGAGAAGUUGCAGCUAUACGAGACAAUAGAGUUUGUGGUGUUGGAGUGGCAUACGAUUCUAAAGUAGCAGGUAUACGAAUGCUGGAUCAACCGUACAUGACUGAUUUGAUCGAAGCUAACUCAAUGGGUCACGAGCCAAAUCUGAUCGACAUAUACAGUGCCUCUUGGGGACCUACAGAUGAUGGAAAAACAGUCGAUGGACCAAGAAACGCCACAAUGCGGGCAAUUGUUCGUGGAGUUAAUGAGGGUCGGCGGGGUUUGGGAAAUAUUUACGUCUGGGCUUCCGGAGAUGGAGGAGAAGACGAUGACUGUAACUGUGAUGGGUAUGCUGCCAGCAUGUGGACCAUUUCCAUCAAUUCAGCAAUCAACAAUGGAGAGAAUGCUCACUAUGACGAGUCCUGUUCAUCCACUCUGGCAUCUACUUUCAGCAAUGGAGCAAAAGACCCACACACUGGAGUGGCCACCACCGACCUUUAUGGCAAAUGUACUAAAACCCACUCAGGCACUUCCGCUGCAGCACCAGAGGCCGCUGGAGUUUUUGCUUUAGCAUUGGAAGCAAAUCCUAACCUGUCCUGGAGAGAUAUCCAGCAUCUAUCUGUCCUCACUUCUAAACGGAACUCCCUCUAUGACAGCAAAGGAAGAUUCAAUUGGAUCAUGAACGGAGUUGGUCUAGAGUUCAAUCAUCUGUUUGGAUUCGGAGUUCUAGAUGCUGGAGCCAUGGUUGCAUUGGCUCGCUUAUGGAAAACAGUACCUGCUCGCUACCACUGUGAUGCAGGAACUCUCGCUACAGUAAGAGAAAUUUCCAGUAACAGAAGUCUCCUUAUCCACAUCGAUACAGAUGCUUGCAAAGGAACAGAUACUGAGGUUAACUAUGUCGAACACGUACAGGCUGUAAUUACUCUAAACGCCAGCAGGCGGGGUGACGUCAACAUUUUCCUCUACUCCCCCAUGGGUACAAGGUCUAUGAUACUCAGCAGAAGGCCUAACGAUGAUGAUCGCCAUGAUGGUUUUACUAAAUGGCCUUUUAUGACCACCCACACGUGGGCCGAGAAUCCCAGAGGUCGGUGGACUCUAGAGGUCAAGUUUGAUAGCCAGCUUCCCCAGUCAGGCUACUUGAAAGAGUGGACACUGGUUAUUCACGGAACCCGUGACCCUCCCUAUCGAGAUCUGCCUGUAGAGGACGAAAAUUCCAAACUUGCUAUUGUUAAGAAAGCACACGAAGCAGGCUACAAGAUUUAAGGAACCCUAAACUGAAGUGAAACACUUUUUUUUUCUUUCCAGAAAAUAUCAUUUUAUACCAUUUUUUUGUCUGUAUACUCAAAUCCAAAAAAAAAGGAAAAAAUCCCACAGAUUCUUUUACUCUUUUAAAAUUUGAAUAAGAGGAAAUCGACUUUUUAAAAUAAUUCUUUAGCAGAUAAAACACAACUUUCACUGGAUUUGCUGUGGAAGUUACCUCUGAUUCCAUUUUUCUACUAGAAAUUUAACUAGAAAUUCGUCGUAUGUUUUACCAAAAUACAUUUUCCUUUCUAAAUGCGUCUUUAUGUAAAUUUUAGAUUUUUCUGUUUAAACAAAUACACUGUAGUAUAUAGAAGCUUUGUUGUUACAAGUUCGCCUCCAGCUAUUAUAUAUCAAAAUGUAAAAUUUGAUCAGGGUUAAAUUCGCCAUAUUAGCUCUGGUUGCAUAAAAUCACGAAAAACACGUUCAGUUAUUAUAUAAAGAACUUCUGUUCUGUGACUUGUGUUUAUUACAACGCAUUCAAACUUGAGAAGAAAUAUUAAUAUAUCAGAUCAGAGCUUACAAACAGAAUUAAUGUGAUCCACUGUUGUUUUUUCAUAGACACCGUUACCUAACUGGAUUUAUAUUUCAUGAAAAAAAGGAUGAGCUGAGCACGUGAUUUUGGUUAACAAAUUAAAUGUUUUUUUUCCUGAUUAGAGAAGUUGUAAUACUAUUUUUAAGGACGAGAAUAAUAAGCUGUUUUAUCAGUAAAAGUAUUCAAAAUUAAGAGUUUCCAUUAUUUCCCAUCUUUAAAUCCUACUAAUAUAUAUAUUUAUAAUAUUUGAAAUAUAAUACCGGAGCAAGAUUUUUUGGAAGUCACGAUAUACCAAAUGAACAUCUUUCUGUUCUAUUAAACUUAUGAAUUGUAGUCGUAUAUGUAUAGAAGUAGAGCGUAACUUAACAUUAUCACAUUUAUUGUGCACGUGUUGUGAUAUCUGAAAAAUCUUUUCUACCAUCCAGUCUUGACUUGAAUAUAAAAACCUUUAGAAUUAUUUAAAACAAGUUGAAAUAUCCGGUUAAUACUCACGUUAUUGUUACGUAUUUCUUACUACGUUAACUCUUUGUACUCUGAUCGAAUGUUCUUAGCUAGAAAUAAUUCAACACUUUUGUAAAAUUCCUGAAUGUUUGGCUUUUAAUGGAAUUCUACAAUAACAAAAAUUGUUAUCUAUUUUACUCGAAAAUUUCUGGCAAGUUUUACGUAAUUGGGUGAUAUACAUACACACACACGACUUUUUCUUAACAGUAAUGAACUUAGACUUUUAAUAUAUAAGAAAGACGUACAUUAUUUGUACUUGAAUUGUUUUAUAUGUUGUGUUUAAAAUAUUUGACCUCCAAUUUGAUUUGAUGAUUUGAUUAUAUGACGUGUUAAGAAUAUCAAGUGUAAUUGUUCUUGAUCCAAUGAACAAAACUUAAUGAUGUCUCACUAUACAUGUUAUAAAACUCAUGAGUUAUAAAGAUGAUGUGUACCUUACAGUAUAUGAUAAUAGUUCUAUACGCAGAUUAGUUUCUGCUUCCUGGACAAAGAACUAACCAUUGAAUCACAUAAUUACUGUUAACAAAGCUUCGAGGUUUUAACUGAAUUUAUAUAUGUUAGCCUUCUCCCCUGUCUUAUUACGAGCAAAACGCUGUGAAAAGAAAGAUAAAGGUUCAACUGUAUUAACACAUUGAGGUUAUAUCUAUUUCGACUUGAUCGCUUGUUAGUUUUUGAAACUAGUGGAUUAAAAAAAUUAAGCAGACAUAUCAUAAUUAUUAUAAAAAUAAAUCAGAGUAAAAAAUUUUAAACAUUAAUGAAGCAAGAAGUGGACACUUGAUCUUUUUAUCUAAAUUACGAAAAAUUAUUUUUCGUUUUAUUAAAAACCUUUGAAGCCUUUCAUGAACACUAACUAGUUACGUAUUAUGACGUUUUGUUUGUAAAAUAAUGUUUGAAGCAAGGUUUAAUGAUAAAGAAAUCUUCUCCAAGUGCUACGAGCGACCCUCCACGACGAAGACAACAGUUAGGCGAGAACUGAUCCUUUUAAGUAUAAUUUUAAUAAGAUAUUUAUCCUGAAACUAGAUAUUAUAUUGUAAUAUUUCAUCAACAAUAUAGUCAUUACUUGAAAUUACCUUUAAGAGUUUUUACCUCGUCACCCAUGACUUCCUUCUAAGAGUAUCAUUACCAACACAUUUAGUUCGUCACGUGCUGCCUAGCAUUUGUCUCGGAACCUAAUAUUAGCUUUGAGAUUUCCUCAACAGUAUUUACCUCGUUAAUAACCAAAACGUACGUUAUCAAAUGUCUUGAUAAAGUUUAUCCCAUAAACUCUUAAUGCUUCUAGAGGCUUGACAAGAGAGGAUUUUUUUCAUCGCGGGGGAGGGGUUGUAUUUUCUACACAGAACCUUUACAACUCGGUCUGUUAAUUGCCUUGAAAGUGUGCUUGCAGUGGUAUUCUGAAAUAUGAUAUAUUUGUAACUGUUCUGACAGCUGUAAAAUAAAGUGUUCUAAUGCUGACUAACCGAAUUAUGAAACAUGAAUGAAAUUGUGAAAACUUUGAAGUGAUUAAUAAUAUAUCGUUUUGAGGAUCCUAUAAUAUCUUUGUUAGUUGUUGUUUUUUGUUACUUGCAACAAACAAUACAAGACGUAUCUAAAUGAGUUUUAUGAAGGGUAGAUUGUGCUGCCCUUGCGACGUCAGCAUCUGCUUGUUUGGAGGAGACAGAAACGCCCUCCAAUCCAAAUGAAAUCCAUAAGAACUUCAAAUCCCAACAAUCCAGGGUUUCAGUUUUAUUUUUUAAUUUUUCUUCUUUCUCUCUCUGGGCUGAUAUUUGUUUAAUAAAAAAGCGGUAAUAUAACAAUAUAAAACAAGCGUGUUUUUUCUGAAACGUGCCUCAGGAUAUUAUAAUUGAGAGUGAUCCUCUGCAACCCACGGUGAAUCCGCUAAUUCAGUUAAUUUUAGUUACUCUGUUAAAAGGCCAAAUACAAUGCAUGUUUAUCCAUCGUUGACUGGAAAAUAUAACGUGUUUCUUAUAAGACUUUAUCUAACGUUAACACCACCUGUCAUUAGGUGAGAAGGAUUCUUAGAAAUCAUGGAACCAGCGAUUGUUUUACGAAAUGUGGAUUUACUGAUUCAGAGCUACUUGUUCUCUUUUUGUGAGUUGUAACAACUGUAAAAAAAUGUAAACAAUUAUAGAAAUAAAAUUAAUAGUUUUUCUGUCCCUAAAA